CUUCCUACAGUUUCUAGAUUCGCUUGUACUUACAAAUGCAAAUUUUCACUGAUAUCUUUAUUCUGUACUAGGUGGAUAUCAGUGUUGACCAACAGCAAAGAAGAAGCAUUAAAUAUGGCAUUCCGUGGAGAGCAAAGCACAGGGGAAAACAGCUUGGAGGAUCUGACCAAAGCCAUUAUAGACGACAUACAGAGACUGCCCGGCAACGAAGUCUGCUGUGACUGUGGCUCACCAGAUCCAACGUGGCUAUCAACUAAUUUGGGCAUUUUAACGUGCAUAGAGUGUUCUGGAAUACACAGAGAAAUGGGUGUCCAUAUUUCUCGAAUCCAGUCUUUGGAAUUAGACAAACUAGGAACGUCUGAACUCUUGCUGGCCAAGAAUGUAGGAAAUAAUAGUUUUAAUGAUAUUAUGGAAGGGAAUUUACCUAGUCCUUCACCUAAACCCAGUCCAUCAAGUGAUAUGACUGCGCGGAAGGAGUUUAUCACUGCUAAAUACGUAGAUCACAAGUUCUCUAGGAAGACCUGUGCGUCUGCAGCAGCUAAGCUGAAUGAAUUACUUGAGGCUGUCAAAUCCAGGGAUUUACUUGCACUAAUUCAAGUCUAUGCAGAGGGAGUAGAGCUAAUGGAGCCGCUGAUAGAGCCUGGACAGGAGCCAGGUGAGACAGCACUUCAUUUAGCAGUCCGGACUGCUGACCAAACCUCUCUCCAUCUGGUUGACUUCCUUGUACAAAACUGUGGAAACCUGGAUAAGCAGACAGCAUUGGGUAACACAGUUCUACACUACUGCAGUAUGUAUAAUAAGCCUGAGUGUUUGAAACUGCUUUUGAGGGGGAAGCCAACUAUUGAUCUGGUAAACCAAGCUGGAGAGACGGCUCUGGACACAGCAAAAAGAUUGAAAGCUGCCCAAUGUGAAGAACUGCUUUCUCAAGCCAAGGCAGGAAAGCUAAAUCCUCACGUCCACGUGGAGUAUGAGUGGAAUCUUCGUCAGGAAGAAAUUGAUGAAAGUGACGAUGACUUAGAUGACAAGCCUAGUCCUAUAAAAAAGGAAAGAUCUCCAAGACCCCAAAGCUUUUGUCACUCCUCUAGUAUUUCUCCCCAAGACAAAAUGACUCUUCCUGGAUUUAGCACUCCUAGAGACAAGCAAAGACUCUCUUACGGAGCUUUCACCAAUCAGAUUUUUGCAAGCACAGAUUCACCAACCUCUCCAACUGCAGAUGCUCCUCCUCUCCCUCCUAGAAAUGCUGGCAAAGGCCCACCUUCAACCCUCCCUCUAGGCACCCCGGCCUCUAGUGGCAGCUCCACCCUGUCCAAGAAGAGGCCUCCUCCCCCGCCCCCGGGACACAAACGAACCCUGUCCGACCCACCAAGCCCACUACCUCACGGACCCCAGAAUAAGGGCCCAAUUCCUUGGGGUAAUGAUUUGGGCCCACCUUCAACUAAGGCUGCAAACAAGUUUGAGGGGAUGUCUCAGCAGUCAAGCACUGGAACUGCAAAGACUGCACUUGGCCCAAGAGUUCUUCCCAAACUACCUCAGAAAGUGGCACUAAGGAAAAUAGAAACCAGUCAUCAUCUUUCAAUAGAUAAAUCCAAUCAGCACGCGGAAAUCUUCCAGAAGUCUUCGCUGUCCAUCGAUAUCCCACAGAAACCACAACCUGGAGAGCUGCCCCCAAAGCCUCUGCCUCUGGAACUAACUCAGAAACCUCAAGUGGGAGAUUUGCCCCCAAAGCCUGGAGAGCUGCCCCCAAAGCCUCAGCUAGGAGACUUGCCACCAAAACCACAGCUUGGAGAUUUACCUCCAAAGCCGCAAAUGAAGGACCUUCCUCCAAAACCUCAGCUAGGAGAGGUGUUGGCUAAAACUCAAGGUGGAGAAGCAUCACCAAAGCCUCAGCCUGCAGAGGCAAAUCAGAAAUCUCACUCGUUAGAUCUUUCUCCAAAUGUACAAUCUAGAGACCCCGUCCAAAAACAAGUGUCUGAAGAGUCCAAUGACAUAGCGCAUACCCUGCCGGAAACCCCCGUGCCGCUCCCCAGGAAAAUAAAUAUGGGAAAAAACAAGGUUAGGCGAGUGAAGACCAUUUACGACUGUCAGGCAGAUAAUGAUGAUGAGCUCACAUUUGUCGAAGGAGAAGUAAUAAUUGUAACCGGUGAAGAGGACCAAGAGUGGUGGAUUGGCCACAUCGAAGGACAGCCCGAGAGGAAAGGAGUCUUCCCAGUGUCCUUUGUGCACAUCCUGUCAGACUAGGAAAACAAACA